AUGUUAAUGAGCCUACCGCACGAGAUUAUACUUCUGGUGGCAGAGCACCUCUCUGCCUCUUCGUUAAGCACUCUUUCACUUACAUCAAAAGCAACCCGUGAUAUUCUGUCUCAUGAACUUUACAAGCGCUCAACCGACUAUGAGAACGGGAAGUGGGAGCAUCCCCUGAUCUGGGCCGUGGAAAAGGGGGGCAUGACCAUACUAGAGAAAUUGAUUCCAUACAACAAGACACUCAUGGCCACCGCCGCGCUACGAGUAGCCACUGACCUGGGCAAUGAGGAAGCGGUUGCCAUACUUAUCAACGCAGGUGCGGAUCCGUUUUAUACGAAGCCCAUCACGAAACAGGAAAGAACCGGGCACCAUAAGCAGGGACGACGUCGGUACACCUUUGCUCGGACAAGUGACCUCGGCCAUGUCAACAUUAUGAGAAUACUGUUACGGCAUCGGCCUUAUAUGAUGAAAGGCUCUACAAACCAGACGAAACCUACAGACGAGGAGCUCGAGCCUAUCCACUACGCAUUCAAAAACGCUUUCAGGACGGAAAACCUUGACGUAGCCGAUCUCAUUAUUACCGAGACAGUACUGUCACCAUCCAGGAGCACUUACACGGAGCUAUUCAGCUAUGCUUUUAAACGAGGCAAUAUGCCCGGAAUGUCGCUUCUCUACAAUAACAGGCAUCAGUUUAGCGGCGGUCCCGAUAAAGACCUGGAAGAAAAGGCGAACCUAGGAUCUGUUUGCAUUUUGGACCACGACCAUGAGUUCGUUAACUGCAUCUGGGGACGCGGGUCAGUUUUGCAUAAUCUGGUUUUCCCGAAUUCCUGGUACACCCACGACGAAAUCGAGUAUCCCGUCGAGGAUAUCUUCAAGCUGCUAGUAGGCUGGGGGGCAGAUGUUGAAUCGCCUGAGUCGAUUGGUGGCCAUAAGCCAUUACAUACCGCAGCCCGAGUAGGGGACCUCCGCCUUGCGAAAUGUCUGCUCGACCACGGCGCGAAUGUCGACUCGCUCGAUAAACUGGACACAUCCCCACUUAUCCUUGCGGCUCGGAUGAAGCGGUGUUCAAUGGUUGAAAUUCUACUUGAGUAUGGAGCAGACGUGAGUCUGCAAAACGCAAGAGGGAAUACGGCGCUGCAUCUGGCGGCCUGGGAUCUUAUUUACGGUCAUGAUCCUAGACAGAUGUGGCAAAAUGAUGUAGUAAAGGUUCUCCUUGCGUAUGGCGCUGAUGAGCACGCGGUGAACUGGAUGGGGGCAACGCCGUUUGAAUUCGGGCUGAUGAACAAGGAAUUGAAAAUGACGCGUUAA